UGAAACCCGCGAAGGAAAAAAAACUCCAAACUCACAAACACGCGGAAGUGAAAGUAAAAGUGACGUAUUUCCGGGUUCGGGGACACGACAGACGGAGACAUGAGCGCCCAACAGUUUAACUGUGUUUUACUGGAGAUUUCCAACCAUCUGUCCUCCGACCAGCUGGACAAACUCAAGUUUCUGUGCCGGGGCCUGGUCGGUAAACGGCAGAUGGAAAACAUCCGCACCGGGACGAAGCUGUUCGAGGUUUUAACGGAGAGAGGGAAGCUGGGACCGGGAAACACCGAGUUUCUGAUCCGGAUCCUCUCAGACGUCCACAGACAGGACCUGGUCCUCAGACUGAACAGCUGCGAGACUCAGUCUGGACCUAACGACGACCAGCCGGACCCGGAGGAGACAGGUGAGACACACGGAGACACGGAGCAGAGCCGCGGAGACACAGGGGCGGUCAACAGGAAACACAGGGCUCAAAGUUACUACAACACAACUACCAGACUACUAUUACUACUACAUCACUACUAUUACUACUAUUCUAGUAUCACUACUACUAUUACUAAGCUACUACUACGGUCAUCUUUUCCUGUCACUGCCAUAAGGCUACUGACUAAAAACAGGGGCGUCUCUAAGAGGUGGCCCCCCCAUGGCCCCCUCACACAUAGACACGUAAACAUAAGUGUCAUCUUUGACAGUGAUGAAUAUUAUCAUAACUCACGGAAUUUCUUAAAUUAUUUUCAAGUUAUUUGAUUUGUAACAAAUGGUAGCCAUGUAUUUGUAAUUCAGAAUAAUUGGUGAAAUUUAAAAAAAGCAUGUUUUAAUAACAAAAUGUUUAAUCUUAUGUAGACAGUAAAUAAACAUAGUUUAACCCUCUAAAACCUGAGAGCAACAUCAGUAUUCUUGUGUUUCGUUCACACGCUUUUACAAGCUUUCCGACUCUUUGAAAAACUGAACAAAUUAGUUUGAUUUUUGAAAACUUAGGGAACGAAGGCAAUGAAAAUGGGAAAUGUCCCAAAAAUUACAAGGAUUUUUUCCU